AUGUAUGAUCAAGAUUUUCAUGAGGUGGAACGAUCGAUUAAUAAUCCAUUCUAUGCCUUACCAAACGUACCCUUAAGUCUCGAUCAAGACUUCAUGAUUUACGAUGAUGCCAAGUUAUUCAUGGAGAAGGACAUUACCGAGGGAAGUUUCUUAACAAAUCAAAACAUUGAACAAGGUAUUGGUGAUUCUAUUGUUGAAGAUGUGACGGAGACAGUUCCUAUCACGAGACAAAGAUUAUGUGAAUCUAAUUUUAGGGAAGAGACAGACAUUAUGUGUGAAUCGACUUUUAAGGAACUCCUCCGUGGUGAUAAUCAGGAGUUUAGUUUUGUGAUAGGUGACGAUGGUGGAUCGAUCCAUAAUAAUAAUGGAUUCUACCGGCAGGUUGAUAGUACUUUUGCAAAGGAUAUUGUCGUCGAAAAUGAUGGUGAAGCCUCCUCUAAUAUUGUACAAGCAAGUAGGAUUGUGAAAAUGGGGAAAAAAAAAUCUAAUUCAAUUAGAGGCCAAUGGACUAUAGAAGAAGACAGAAAGCUGGUUGAAUUGGUGGAAAAGUAUGGAUUGAGAAAAUGGUCUCAAAUUGCUCGCAUCUUAGAAGGAAGGAUUGGAAAGCAAUGUAGGGAGAGAUGGCACAACCAUCUCCGCCCUCAUAUUAAGAAGGAAACAUGGAGUGAGGAGGAAGACAAGAUGUUGAUAAAGGCCCACAGAGAAAUAGGAAACAAAUGGACGGAGAUCGCAAAACAUCUUCCGGGUAGAACAGAAAACUCCAUAAAGAACCAUUGGAACGCCACAAAGCGUCGCCAAUUCAGUCGACGAAAAUGUCGACGAAUCGUCAAGCAAAGAAAACCCACAUCCAUCCUUCAAGAAUACAUCAAGACCCUCAACGGAUCAGCGCCACCGCCAAAUUCCACUUUAAUAAUAGAUAAUUCUAAUUCCAAUUUCAAUUUUACUUCAGACUCGUUCAACAACAAUCUGACCGUAUUUGAUGAGAAGCUAUUGGAACUGGAGAUUCAUAAUGGAAUUGAUCAUCACCAUAUCCCACCGUUGGAUCAGAUGGUCGAUAUGGCUUCACUUUGGGAAUCAAUCAGUUCAUGA